AUGGCAACUAUUACUCUGGAAGAUCUUAAAUCCCUUUUAAAACAACAAAAAGAGGAAAUUCUUCAAAACAUUAAUGAAGCCACCGACAGAGUGAUUAAAAAUACGGAUGAGAAAGUAGGAAUCAUUUCAGAAAGAGUGGAUAAGCUGGAGAAAAUCGUAGAAACACAGGGAAAUAUAAUAGAAAAGCAAGAAAUAAUGUGUUAUAAACAAGAAAAAAGAAUAGCACAGCUAGAAGUAGGUCUGAGAAAAAAUAAUUUAAUAAUAUUUAAAGUAGAAGAAACUGAAUCUAAUGCAGAUGAGCUCAAAGUACUUGUUAUUAACAUCAUAAAUAAUAGCAACGAAAACUUUCAAAUAACAAUAAAUGACAUUGAAAACUGCUACCGUUUAGGAAAAACUACACAAGAAAAAACGAGACCAAUUCGUCUUACAUUCAAAAGCUACGAACAAAAACAAAAGAUUCUCCAAACAAAAAAAUCGCUUGCUAAUUACAGUAUCGCAGAGGAUCUCCCAAAAUCGCUUCUUGAGGCUAGAAAACCUCUGGUCCCAAAACUGAUCGAGUUCAAAAAACAAGGUAAAAGAGCAUACUUUAAUCUGGAUGAAUUAGUAGUAGACGGAAAAGUUUGGAAAGAAAGCACAGACUACGACUCAGAAAACUCUAGAAAAAGAACCCGCUCUACAGAAAAUUCGCCCCCGCGACAGUCAAAAGUUACGAACAUCAGCAAACCAAAAACAAAAACAACUAUAAUUGGAUCAACAGAACUGAAUCCAAAAAAACAAGCCUUAAACCCAAUGAGAAAGUUUUUAUCACAGCAGAGUACGAACGAAUAUCUGAACAGAACGCUAUCGCCUAAAAACAACGAAGCGAAAUCAACAACAGCAGAAGCAAAAGCAACAACAACACCAACAAUACCAACAACACCAACACCAGAAACAACAACAACAACAACAACAACAACAACAACAACAAAUACAACAACGACAACAACAACAACAGCGGAUAUGGCAACAACAGCAACAGCUACAGCAGCGGAAGCGGCAACAACAACAACCACAACAACAAAAACAACAACAACAACAUCGACACCACCAACAACAACACCAACAGCCACACCAAACUCAACAGCAUCAACAGCAGAAACAGCAACACCAACAACAACAACAACAACAACAAAACAAACAGCAACAUCAACAACAACAACAAAAGCAGCAGCAGCAGCUAAAGCAACACCAACAACAUCAACAUCAACAUCAACAUCAACAUCAGUACCACCAACAACAACACCAACUACAAAUACUGCAACAACAACAUAGACAACAUGACCAACAACAGCACCAACAAAAACAACAACAACAACAUCAAUAUCAACACCAACAUCAACAUCAACAUCAACAUCAACAACAAAAUCAACAUCAACAUCAACAUCAACAUCAACAUCAACAUCAACAUCAACAUCAACAUCAACAUCAACAUCAACAUCAACAUCAACAUCAACAUCAACAUCAACAUCAACAUCAACAUCAACAUCAACAUCAACAUCAACAUCAACAUCAACAUCAACAUCAACAUCAACAUCAACAUCAACAUCAACAUCAACAUCAACAUCAACAUCAACAUCAACAUCAACAUCAACAUCAACAUCAACAACACCAACAACAACAACAACAACAACACCAACAACAACAACAACAACAACAACAACAACAACAACAACACCAACACCAACACCACCAACAACAACAACAACAACAACAACAACAACAACAGCAACAACAACAACAAGGACAACAAAAUCAACAUCAACAACAACAACAUCACCAACAACAACAACAUCAACAUCAACAACAACAACAUCGCCAACAACAACAAACACAACAAAACCAACAGUACCAACAGCACCGACAACACCAUCAACAACAUCAUCACCAGCAACACCAACAACACCAACAACACCAACAACACCAACAACAACAAGAACAUCAACACCAACAACAACAACAACAGCAGCAGCAACACCACCACCAACAACAUCUACAACAGCAACAACAGAAUAUUAUUGGCAGUGUUUCAAAUAUUACUGAAAUAGAAAAUAUAACUGUACUAGCAUACAAUAUUCAGGGCCUUAAUAAUAAAUUAAUGAAUGUCGAUUUCUUCCAUUUUAUACAUAAAUUCGAAAUAUUUUUUCUUUUUGAAACCUUUAUAACCUAUGAUAAUAUAAGUAAAUUUAGUAAAUAUUUUACAAAUUAUAAACUACAUUGGGUACCAGCAGUAAAAACUAAAAAGUUUGGGAGAGCAAGUGGAGGAUCCUUAUUUGGAUACAGAUUGGAUAAAAUUGUUGGCUCAUACAUUGAAUACAAUGAACAAAUAGUAUUGCAACUAAAAGAUGAAAAAGAAGAACUAUAUAUAUUGCCAACCUAUCUAAAUUGCAACCACUGGAAUAGUGAUUUCAACAAACUAGCAGAAACAAUUCAAGUAAUUGCAAAAGAAAAUUUAAUGGUAAUUGGUGACAUGAAUGCACGUACUGGAGACCUGAAAAUAAAUGAAACGAACUUUGUAAUAUCAUGCAAACUAAAAGAACACAGAACAUCGAAGGAUACAAUUUGUAACGCAAAUGGAUACUCUUUCGCCGAGCUUUGCCAAGAUACUAAUUUAUUUGUCUUAAACGGUUGCUUCGAAGGCGAUAUAAAUGGAGACUACACCUAUAUUAGUGGACAAGGAAAAUCGGUAAUAGACUACUGCGCGAUCUCGGGAAAAUGGAUGGAUUUCGUAAAUCAUUUCAAAGUUGAACAGAAAAUAUUUUCAGACCAUAUGCCAAUUACAGUAACGUUUUCAACAACGGUACACAAUAAAACUAAACCAAUUGAUCUACCUA